UCUCAGAGAAAGGCGGGGCUGCUCUGGUCUCUGCUCUGAGCUCCCCCUUCUCUCAUUUAAAAGAACUUGACCUGAGCUACAACCAUCCACAAAGUGCUACUAUAGAGAUAUUGACUGCUCUGCAAAAGGACCUUGCCAACUCCCUGACGACUCUCAUGCUGGAUCCUGUUGGAAAAAAAUGGCUGACUCCUGGGCUAAAAAAGUAUUUUUGUAUACCCACGUUGGAUCCAAAUUCUGCAAACAAAAGCCUUUCCCUGUCAGAGGACAAAUGUACAGUGACUGUGAAAGAUACUGACCUGCCAUACUCUGAUCACCCGGACAGGUUUGACUCCUGUUUACAAGUCCUCUGCUCCACUGGUCUAAAAGGACGCUGGUACUGGGAGGUGGUCUGGGAGGAGAGAAUGCACAGUUGGGAAAUAGAUGUAGCGGUUAGUUACAGAGGGAUUGGGAGGAAAGGUGGGAGUGGGGUGAGUGGCUUUGGACGCAAUGACAAGUCCUGGUGUUUGAAAAUUUCCAGAAGCGGCUUCAUUGUUAUUCAUGAAGACAGACAAACACGACUAUCGCCCACUUCCUAUGAUACAGAUCGAGUGGCCGUGUACUUAGACCACGCAGCUGGAUUUUUGACCUUCUACAAGAUGAAGCACAAACAGCUGGUCCAUUUACACACCUUCACCUCCACCUUCACCGAGCCUCUGUACGCUGGCUUUGGAUUUGGCUCAUGGUCUUCUGGUGUUACAGUGUCUUUUGGACUCUGAUGUUUUAAAUAAAGACCAGUUUUUUUGUUUUUUUAAAAUAUGUGCUCACCUUUAAUAGACUUCAAGCCAA